GAGGAACUCAUGUUCACAAAUAUUGACUGAAUUUAUAGGCCUUGGAAAUAACAUAUUGGAAUUCUUAAUUUAGGUGCUAUUACCCUUCAAACAUAAACUGAUAACGCAACUAUAGAGUACUUUGUUUCACUAAAUCAAAACAUGUGUUUGUUGAAGACCUAACUGAAUUAUGGUGGUUAAUUUAUCAUUUUUCACAGCCUGUUAAUUCAGCACUAAAAAUGGUAGAUAUGUUACGUAUUUGAUUUUCCCAAAACAUUUUGUAAAUUGUUAACAGAAAUGGAAUAUAGCAGAGGGCCAAUGCAUCACUGGGAAACCCUCACUCUCUGAAAAAACAAUCAUUAAACACUGCUGUAUUCCUCUAGGACAAGCUAAGUGGAUUGCAAACAUCUCUAUUUCAUCAUUCACUCAAACGUACUACAAUAAGCAGCAUGACUGCAUCAAAAAAAAAAAGGAAAAACACACCUAUAUGCAAACACAAAUAUUAAACCCCCCUGAGCAACCAGCAGGGGGGAUCCAUUGUGUUGCCGUAAUGCAGGCUCAGUGGGUGUGAACUCCGGCCAUGUGCUCUGUUCAACACAAGAGGGAUAAUCUCAGAAGCUGACCAAGCAGCAAACAAACUCUGUGUGUGCUGCUCUGAAGUCAGUCACUCUGCUGCUGCUAUUACCGCAAAUGACACAGACCACGGACGAGCUGAGAACCGUGUCAUCAAGUCAGUGAACAACAAGUCAGAAUGAAUCCUGCUUCAGCACUAAACCAGCUAGGUGAAGAAGAAGAGUGGUGAACGGGACAGAGAGAGACGGCACUCAGUGGAGAGACACUAUGAAUAAUUCAACGCGUGUGUUUCUCUAAUUGGGCAGAUGAACUGGAAUUCAAAAAUCAAUUUGAGAGAAACCUCAAAAAUAAUGGAAAGCGAGCAAGAGGACAAAAAAGAAAGAUACAACACACAAGUGAGUAGGAAAGUGUAUGGGGGAGGAGUGGAAAAACCUUAGGGAAAGAGAGAGAGUGUGUGUGUGUGUGUGUGUGUGUGUGUGAGGUGAGUCAGGUGCGUGCGUGCGUGGGUGCUACUGCUGGUAACCAGGCAGGGACGGCCCUCGUCUCGUGGGGAUGCAGGGGGAGCGCCUUAAUCAGCAAUGCAUACAACAAGAGAAAAAAAACAAACUCGUAUGCAAAGCACUCUGUCUCACUCUGUCAGGGUCUCGAGCUCAGAGAGCACAGUCUCCUACUCUCUGUACAAAACCACUCUGUGUCAACCAAGUGUAGGUCAUAAAUAUAUGACAGAAACAACCACUACUACUCCUGCUGCUGUUGUUGACAAUGGCGCCAAUGGACCUGACUUGUGUUCUCCUCCGGACUCUGGAUGGAUUGUAGUAACAAGCUUGGAGUAGCUGUUUGGGUAACAAUGAUCAGAACAGGCGCUGAUGUCUAAUGUUUUACUUCUUGGCCAUACGGACUACAGACUGAACUGCCUCGAAGGAGUUUUAUCUGUGGUGGUGCUGUUUGGAUACGGUGAAGUGGGGCUAUUAUGCGCCAGCUUGAGGGGACGAAAUGCAGCUUCUUGUUGUGCCUGGGGAUGAGUAUUAUUAUCUGUUCAGUCAUUUACAUGAGGACUAGGACGCCAACAGAGCCCAAGCCAGAGCCCGCAAGUUGCAGGCCCUUCUCCGCUGAAUGUAAAGCUUUGCUGCCCGGCAUGGAGGAAGAAGAGGAGUGGUACCGCCGUGACUGCCAGGUGGAAAGCUUUAUUCUGAAUAGUCGCAUGCAGUGUUCCAAUUUGACCAGAGACCUACACUUCAUCACAAGACCUCUAAGUCGCGAGGAGGAGGACUACCCUUUAGCAUUCAUUGUGACUGUUCACAAGGAGCUGGAGCUAUUUGUGCGUCUGUUGCGGGCCAUUUACAUGCCACACAAUGUCUACUGCAUUCAUGUGGAUGAUAAGGCCUCGCUGGAGUACCAGGCGGCUGUACUGAAGCUGGUCAGCUGCUUUAAAAAUACCUUCCUCUCCAGCCGCAGCGAGACAGUGACGUACGCUGGGUUUUCCCGCCUGCAAGCAGAUUUGAACUGCAUGAAGGAUCUAGCAAAGUCCGAGAUAGGCUGGAGGAAGGUGGUGAAUCUCUGUGGACAGGAUUUCCCUGUCAAGAGCAACCUGGAACUGGUGCGGUACAUGCAGAGCAAAGAGUGGAGGGACAGAAAUAUGACGCCCGGGGUCAAGCAGCCAGUGUCUAUGAGGCACAGGACACAGUUCCAGCACAGCGAGAUAAAGGGCUCACAUGUAGCUCGGAAAGGGUUCAGAGCGAAGAAAGGUCCUCCUCCACACAAUCUGCAAGUUUAUUUUGGAACAGCCUACUAUGCUCUCACAAGGGCUUUUGUAGACUUUGUUCUGAAAAGCCCAAUAGCCCAGGACCUCUUGGAGUGGUCCAAAGACACGUUCAGUCCAGAUGAGCACUACUGGGUGACACUCAACCACAUCAAAGAAGCUCCAGGCAGCCACAUAGAAGGAGGUUGGUCAGGAGAAAUCCGGGCACUCAAGUGGAGGGAUCAAGAGGGAAGGACACACAAUGGCUGCAAAGGGCAUUACGUACGAGACAUCUGUAUCUAUGGAGUGGAAGAUCUGCCAUGGAUCGUCAAGACGAACAGCAUGUUCGCCAAUAAGUUUGAGAGUAACACCUUUCCCGAGGCCCUGGAUUGCCUGGAGCAGUGGCACAGGAACAAGGUGUUGAACCAGGCAACUGUUCCCAUAGAGCCGUCAUGGCUGCUGGCCACACAGGGCAACUCAAGCAGCAGCUACUUCAACAGCAUUGCUGGAGCAUGAAAUCGCUGUUGGUGUACACCAACAAAAGUCGGGCUGCAUGUAGUUUGCAGAUUACUUGCACUCUGAGAACUGAGAACUGAGAACUGAGAACUGAGAACUGAGAACGGCAGGAGGAACCACGGUCCACUUCCUCUGCAGCCCGGCUACGGUUCACACACGUGUUUAUCUAUGAAACUGUAAUGGCUGCUCUUUUUCGAUAAUCAUAAGACAGACAGUGUGGACCAAAAUAACUUUACAGUAAAGUACAAUGAAUUCUAUUUAAAAAUAUACAAGUAUAUAACAGAUACUAUUUAAGACAACUGCACUACACAAGGUAUUGAAUAAACAACCGAACAUGCAUUUCAUAUUGUUUAAUUUAAUGAAAUAUUUAAUAUUUUUUAAUUUAAUACUGUUCAGUGUGUGAUCCAGUUAAAAAAAAACACUUGUAAAGCUAUUGUCUGUUUUUAUUUUUAAUUUAAUUAAUUAAAGAGUAGCAGGUGUAAACAAACAAAUAAAGAUGAUGAUGAAAAAAAGUCUCCCUUUUUCCCUUUUUAAAAACAAGACCCGAGUCUAUAGCCAUGAAAGCUCACAGCGGCUCUGUGAGGCUGCUCUUUGAGCAAAAAGUUAACAUCGGCAUGCUAACAUACUCACAAGGACAAUGCUAACAUGCUAAUAUUGAGGAGGUAUUUUGUUCACCACCUUAGUUCAGCGUAUUAGCACACUAACGUUUGCUAAAUAGCCCAAAACACAAGGUACAGCGGGGGCUCAGUAAAGAGAAAAGUGCUUGCUCAUUUGUUCCUAAAAUACAUUUACAAUCAUUUUAAGUUCUCGGUGGGUCGCAGGAGACUUUAUUAGGGUGGCCAAAUAAAUUUAUAGAAUUUCUUACAGUCUUUUAUUUGAGAUUUAUAUCUGCAGUACACCUUUAAGCCACAUGGGAGAGCCUGAAUGUUCGUAUUGUUCUGAUAAGUGUAGCCUACUUAUAACAAUAAAUCUAACAGUAAAGGCUAGCGUACAUUGUGUUUGUUUUACUGAUGAGAGGAAAUAAAAUGACGUUGCCUGUUAACUCCUCCUAAA